UCCGACGGUAUAUAAAGCGAAUCUACCUCACAUCUCCUAAGAACGAUAGACUUUGAUUCCUCCACCUCAAAAUGGCGCAAAAUUUUAUGAAGUAUCUCACUAGUUACCCAAAGGUGUUUCUAAAAGGCAACAUUCGCAAACUCAUGGAUCUCCCUUAUAUUCCUGUGAAUCAAACAUGGGAUGCGUCUUCAGCUUUCGACAAGGAUUUAUUCCACAAGACGAUUCUUGAUAGCCUAGGUGGUAGUCAAAAGAGUGCACUCACUAUGGUGGAAACAGAAAGUCACAUGGUCAUUGAUAACAUAGCGAAGGUCGUUUUAGAUAUGCUUCCUGACGUGCACUAUGAACAAAACGACCAACGCCGGGACGGUGUUCUACAAUAUAAGGCUGCAUCUACCGACACCUUAAAUUCUCACUUGUACCACAGUGUAACCAGGUUAGAACUUGUCAAUGCCAACGAAGUGGUGAAGGAAGAUGGCAGGUAUGCAGUUCAUGAUAUAUCCACUUUCUUUGAUUGGAAAGGUGUCUUGAACAUGGACGAUCCCGUCCACGCACAGUUUAUAAAAGAUUACAACGACCCAAUGGGCACACGUCAGAAGCGCCAAGAACUUUUGAAGAAGAUUGAACCUAUCGCUCAAGAAACCUUCCGUAAAUACCAGGAACAGAACAUCGCCUUCUCCGAUAGCACAUAUUUCCUCAUGGGCUCCAACUUGAUCGAGCAUAAAGCUGCCAAAUGGAUAAACGGUGUCACCAAAGGGGGAAAACCUUGCAAAAUGUAUAUGAUGCUACUUGCUCCGGGCGGUACUCAUGCCUUUGCUGGAUUCAUCGUGCAUGCAUUCGCUGUUGUGGGUCCCAACACCAUCGUUUCUUUUGUCAUUGGUGGAGGCAUAUCCAACAUGUUUGGUAUCGAUAUGGUCAAUUCCUACUUGGCACCCAAAAUGUGGGCUAUCACCAAAGCCGUAGCGGCAGCUCAUGAAUCUUUCAACCAAAGGAAACUGAAGGGAGAGAUACCCCAAAAUAUAGUAUGGAAAGACUAUCUUGAGCAAAACUAUGUUAGGCUUGUACAAGCUUGGACGUUUAUGAAGGUCAUAGUCGGCUGUGGAAGUGAACUAGGGAUCACUGCUAAUAAGAUCACUGGCCAGUACGUCGGUCAAGCUCCAUCUAAAGAUGAAUACGUGGCCCUUCGCGAAGUGGAGAGGAACGCAAAAGGCGCUUACGAUCUGUACUUGACAUUUUCGUACGCUCCUUGGGGCGAAUUAGUAUUCGCAGGGCAAGAGGAGAAAGUCAGAUUUGAGAAUCUCAAAGAUGGAUUUCAAUACGAUGGACUUCGUGCUGAUAUCGCUCUUUCGGUCUUCUUGACUGGCUCAGCAUUUCUCUACGACUUGUACGAAAGCCAUUCCGGUCACCAAGAGACGGAAAAGUCCUUGUCCAAAUUUGCUGAGGAUCCCACAACAGCUGCGUACGUAGAUAAGCAAUUACAAAAUCGCAUCAACGAUGUGUUGGAUCCUGUCAGCAAAAUGCUCGAAAGCAACAAAAAGAUCGUCCAAAAGUAUCUGGAUGAGCAUCCCGAUACUCGAUCACAAGAGGCCAGCGAAACGCACGAGAAGAUCUUUACACAAGCAGGGGUUCCUGAAAGCAAUUCAAAGUAUCUGAACGAAGUCUACGACAUGGCUUCUGCUCAACUCAUUUCUGAAGUCCACCAAUCUCUUGAAACAUCAAAACCCGAUGCGUACACUGUCCAGAAUGUCGCCGACUAUCUCCACUAUAGCUUCCAAAGCAAUAUCCACCAACACUAUACCCAUUAUGACGGCAAUUACCUCCGCCCCAUGCUCGGACAAAAAUUGGCCGAAUACAUGACCCAGAUCACUGUUGAGGAAAUGGGGCAAUUGCAGCAAGAAAAAGCACUUCUUGAACAAAAAGGUGCCGAGAUUGAACAGAAGCAUCAACAAGCAGAGAUAGAUUAUCAUGCCGGCGUAACUGCCAUGACCGAAUCUCGUCUUAAAGCCCUCGAAACCGAGCGCACAAAGCAUCUAGAAGAGAUCAAAGCACAGGAAGCCAAAAUCAAGGAAACUGAACACAAAUUUAGUGAAUACAAGAAAAAAAAGGAACAUGCAGGCAAGGAGAUUGAUCAUUUCUCUUCUAUGCGUCAUAUCAAAUAAGAAAAAGAAGGCGGAGCGAGGCAUCCGUUUCAUAUAAGCAACCGGGGCAAAUAAGAGUACUAGUAUCUUAUAAUACCAGCAAAACGUUGCAGGGAAAGGGUGUGCUAGCUAGCUGUGCGAUUUAUAACAUUCCAGAGGACAUCUCAUUUAAUAAAAGAAACGGCGGGAGAGUGGGUAGGCU